AUGGUCAUGGACAGGCUGCAAAAUCAUAGAUAUGCAAAAUAUAUUGGUCCGACCGACGAGCAUGACUUUGCACUGUUAGAUCUUCGACUGUACGACGACAUCAAGGGUGAAAGUCCCGCCGACCAGGGCUCCUUUCGCAAAGUCGGUCCCAAUGAAUUCUUCCACCAAUACGCCGACUCGGACUCGCCCAACCAUGCUAGGGAGGUUGAGGAGCUCGACAAUAUCGAGCGCAUUGUCGCCCCUCACGGCGAGGCUCUGAUAAGGCUCUACUUUCGGAUUGUCCACCCGACCUUUCCCAUACUGCAUAAGAAGGUCUAUCUGGAGAAGUAUGGCCGGACCCAUCGGGAGUUCUCCCCUCCCUUGCUCGCUGCCGUCUACAUCCUGGCGUUGAAUUGGUGGUCAUACAGCAUCGAGCUCGCGAGGCAGACAAAGCCCAACGUCGCCGAACUAGAAGAUGUCGCGUACCGGACGUUACAGGAUGUGUCGCAUCGAGCAAAGUUGUCUACGGUCCAGGCAGGGCUUCUCCUGCUCCAACGACCGGGUAGUAAUCAGGCCUGGCAGCUGACGGCCCAGCUUGUCGCCAUUGGCCAGGAUCUAGGCCUACAUCUGGACUGUUCAAACUGGCGAAUACCGUCGUGGGAAAAAGGGCUUCGGAAACGACUUGGCUGGGCUCUUUUCAUGCAGGACACAUGGUCGGCCCUGAUCUACGGACGGCCGCCUCACAUUUCAAACACCAACUGGGCCGUGCAGCCGGUGAUCAGCAGUGAUUUUCCCGAAAGCGCCGCGGACGAGGACGAGGAGGACGGUAGCACCGAGGUCGAAAAGGGACGCACGUUGUUCAGCGCCAUGAUCACUCUAACUAAGAUGCUGGCCGAGGUGCUGGAGGAACUCUACUCGCUGAGGGCAGAGCUCGAGGUUAAGAACUCGUACGACAGCACCAAGGCCAUCCUCGACCGCGCCAAACCGAUCCAACUCAAGCUGCGAUCAUGGUAUACUGAAAUGCCCGAGACGCUGCGCAUGGAUGCCACCAGGGUCGGCAAGCUGAGUUCGGUGGGCUAUCUGCACCUGGCCUACUUUGCCACUGAAAUCACCCUGCACCGACGGAUUCUACGCUCGCUCUCGCCCAAUACCGACCCCUAUAUGAUCCAGAUAUGUCGGUCGGCGGCCAAGGCCAGGCUGAUCAGCGCUAUGGACUUUUUCAACCGGCUCAAGCCCGAGCACCUCCAGUCGUUCUGGUACUUUGCAUCCAAGUUCAACUUUGCCCUCAUUGGCACUUUCGCCGGGCUCUGCUUUGUCACAUCGGUGAGCCAGGAAGAGGCCGAAUUCUACCAGAGGCGGCUGCAGGAAUAUCGGUGGACGCUGCGGGUCUCGAAUAAGAGCGCCGAGUUCUUGGAAAUUGCCAGCGGCAUUUUGGAAUCGGCUGUGGGAUCGCUGCUGAAGGCUGCUGACGCUAUCGACAGUCGGCGGUGGUCAUUCCCCAUGCUCUCACAGCAGCAGCUGCCCGAUGAUGACACGGCGAUGGACUCGUUCUUCCCUAGCACCGACGACGCAUUUUUCGAUACACAGAUGGAGUCUUGA